AGGCUGACCAAGCAGGAAUUCUGGCAGCUGGUGCACCAGAGCUAUGGCUCUGAGCUGGGCCUGAACAGCGAGGAGAUGGAGAGCUUCCACUCAUCGUCUGAGGACAACGGGCAGUCUCGAUCCAGCAUUUGUGAAGAUUCUGGAGAAAGGGAUGAAAAACUGCCUAAAAUGAUUGGUUUGGUUCGGGAACCCGCACUUCAACCGGAAGGAGAGUCACUUAAUAGACACGCGUUGCCAGGAGUGGAGGAGUCCCCAAGUGAGAAGCAGGUAAAGAAGAGCCCUCUUCCAUCUUCAGAAAGAAAACCUGUUAAGCUGGUCAGGAGCAGGUCUUUAGAAAAGUCCUUGGAUCUGAAUGAGAAUGAAAAUCUUCCAGAGAAAAGCAGUGCCUCGGACAGUGAAGAAGCAGUGAAGGAGACUGUAUCUGAGAAUGAUCUCUAUGGGAGGCUUUUUAUAAACAGAGUUUUCCAUAUCACUGCAGACAAGAUGUUUGAAAUACUUUUCACCAAUUCUCACUUCAUGCAGAGGUUUCUCAAUUCCAGGAGUAUAGUAGAUGCCGUAUCAACCCCUUGGAAUAGAGAUUCCAGUGGCAAUCAGUUGAGGACUUUGACGUACACUGUAACAAUUAACAAUCCACUUUGUGGGAAGUUCACAACUGCAACUGAAAAACAGAUCCUGCAUAAGCAAAGCCAGAAAGGUCAGUCUUACCAGGUGGAUGCGGAGGUGCUGACCCAUGAUGUCCCCUACCAUGAUUAUUUCUACACUGUGAAUAGAUACUGCAUCAGCCGCACAUCCAGUCACAAGUGUCGAUUACGGGUUUCUGCAGAAGUGAAGUACAAAAAACAGCCUUGGGGCCUUGUCAAGUCUGUAAUUGAGAAGAAUACCUGGGGAGGCAUACAGGAAAACUUCAAACAACUUGAAUCAGAUCUCCUAAUGGAGGAGUAUGCAAUUAAUCAGUCCAUAGAAGACACUGGAAAAUUAGUUGCUCUGAGACGAAGACGACGCACUUUACACAGGAGUCUGGCAGAAUCACUUCCCAAACGCUAGGGAGCGGAGUCCCAGGGCAGCAUAAUGGGAAGGAAAAGAGAUGCUGUAGGUAGGACCACCACCAUCAUUGUAGUAAUGAGUGUCUUCCUGCUGCUCUUGGUCUUGCUGAAUGUAACACUGUUUCUCAAACUAUCCAAGAUAGAGCAUGCAGCUCAGUCCCUCUAUCAUGUCCAGCUUCAGGAAGAAAGCUCUUUGAACAUAUCCCCAGAAAUGGUAUCAAAAGAGGAAAUCCCUCAAUAUGACAAGGAACAGGUUAAACACAUGAAGGGAGUUUUAAGAGAGUCAAUUGAAAUGCUUGAGCAGUUAAAGAUCUCCCUUUCCAUGCUCCAAAGAAGCUUUGACCACUUGAACAGGACACAGAGUGGCAAGACUGAGAGUUAA